AGAUGUUAAAGAUCAUCCCAAACAAAAUUUGAAAGCGAAAAUGAAAAUGAAAAAUUCCGUACUCUGUUUUUUCACCAUCAGUGUGAUGCUCAUCUUCUUGCAGUUGCAGCACCACCUGGUGGCUUCUUCAUUGAGCCCCAGCUUGCAGAAACUUGCGUUGUUCGACUUUAAACAAACCUUUUCAAUCAGUAAUGAUCCUAAUAGCUGGAUAUGCUCCUAUUAUUCCGUCGAAGACGAAGAGUUUUACGAAAUUCCUUCUCGGCCAAAGACAAAGAAUUGGAGCAUGAGUUCUGAUCACUGCACAUGGGAUGGAGUUAGCUGCGACGACAAGACAGGGGAUGUUAUCGGACUGGAUUUAACUUGCAGUCAGCUGCAAGGAGCCAUUCUUCCUAACAACACUCUCUUCCAGCUCUCUCAUCUCCGCUUCCUCAAUCUUUCUCAAAACGACUUUUCCCAUUCCAACCAGUUCCCUCAGGAAUUUGGUUUCUUUGCAAAAGGUUUGAAGCAUCUCAACCUCUCUUAUACUGGAUUAUCAGGGAGAGUUCCCUUGGGAAUCUCUCAUUUGCAGAAACUGGUCUCACUUGAUCUCAGUUACAACUCUGAAGCUGAACUUAAAGAAGAAGUGUUUAAAUCAAUGUUGCAGAAUUUAACUCAUCUCAGAGUGCUUAAUCUUAAUUACGCUAACAUCUCCUCUGUUUUGCCCGUGAAUAUCUCUGCUUCUUUAAGAGUUCUUCAAUUGUGGGGUACUGGUAUAGACGGAGUAGUACCCCAAGAGGUUUUCCACCUUCCCAACUUGGAAUCACUUGAUUUAUCAAGUAAUUACGACCUGAGAGCUACAUUACCCAAAGUUAAGUGGGGAAGUAAUGCUACUCUCCAACACCUUGUUCUUAAAUACAUCAACAUAGAUGGAGGUAUACCUGAUUCAAUAGGCUUUUUGGAGUCGUUGGGCAGUUUGGAUCUGAGCCGUUGUAAUUUGUCUGGGCCGAUUCCAAGAUCCAUCGGGCACCUCAUUCAACUUACUACAUUGGUCCUCUCUGAAAAUAAUCUCAAUGGCCCAAUUCUAACUUUUCUUACAGACCUUAAAGACUUGAGAUAUAUCUCCCUUGAGCGUAACAAUUUUACGGGUUCGUUUCCCUCUUUUCUUGCCCACUCCAGUAAACUAGUUGUGAUGUAUCUUGAUAGUAAUAGCUUUACUGGAUCCCUACCCAGUUGGUUGUUUCACCCUCCAUCGUUAGAGACCUUGUAUCUGCAUAAUAACGCAUUCACGGGUCAACUACAUGAAUUUCAUUCUUCUCACUCACGGCUGCAAUCUUUUUGGUGUAACAACAAUUUACUCUACGGAUCCAUUCCACAUUCAUUUUCUCAACUUGUGAAUCUCACAUCCCUAGAUUUGUCAUCAAACAAUUUCAGCGGGGUUUUGGAUUUGGAAAUGUUUUCAGGCCUCAAAUUUCUAAGAAGUCUUGAUCUUUCUCAUAACAGUCUGUCAGUGAGAAGUACAAUCAUGUCUACUCUCCCUCCUAAACUUAACCACUUGGGCUUGUCAUCUUGCAACAUGAAAGAGUUUCCUCACUUUUCAAGAGAUGCAAACAUCUCCAUGGAUUUUAUAGACCUAUCAAACAAUAAAAUUGAAGGGGAAAUUCCACACUGGAUUGGGUCGCUGGGGAGGUACUCUGACACUUACAGCUCCUAUCUGAAUCUUUCUCACAACAAACUAAUAGGCGGUCUUGAGCAACUGCCUUGGGGUUAUAUUACUUAUCUUGAUCUCCAAUACAAUAAGCUGGAUGGAUCGUUGCCCACCUUGAUGUGUAGUUCCACCUCUCUUCAUAUUCUAAAUCUGUCUCACAACAAAUUGAGUGGUGUACUACCCAGUUGUCCUCCACAUAGGAAUAUUCUUUCAGUGUUGGAUCUGCGGAGGAAUAAAAUUCAAGGAAACAUUCCAGCAACCUUGUCAAAUUUCUAUAAUCUGGAAACCAUUAAUUUGAAUGGAAACCAAUUAGAAGGAGGCAUUCCUUCUUCUUUUGCUGAAUUUGAUUCAUUAGCCGUUCUUGAUCUUGGAAAUAAUCAGAUAAAUGAUACAUUCCCCCGGUGUUUGGAAGCUCUUCCAAAUCUCCAAGUUCUUGUUCUCAAAUCAAACAAGUUUUAUGGUCUUAUAAACACGAGUUCUCAGGUUGUACACCCAUUUCCUAGCUUGAGAAUCAUUGAUCUUUCGUACAACAAGUUUUCAGGUGCACUGCCAGAAAAAUAUUUCAGAAACUUCAAGGCUAUGAUGAAUGGUGAAGUGAAUAAGGUAAAUCGUAGUUAUAUGGAGCAGGAGGAUUAUUACAGGGAUUCCACAGCUCUAGUGAUUAAAGGCAUGGAGAUUGAUUUAGAAAGAAUUUUGACUGUGUUCACAACUAUUGAUGUAUCAAAGAACAAUUUUGAUGGGGAGAUAGCUGAAUACUUUGGAAAUCUUGUAUCACUCAGAUUUCUUAAUCUUUCUCACAAUUAUCUCACAGGCCACAUACCACGCUCGAUUGGAAAAUUGACUGUGCUGGAGUCACUAGACCUCUCAUCCAACCAACUUAAAGGAGAAAUUCCUCCGCAGCUCACUAGUGUAUAUUCACUUGCAGUUCUCAAUCUGUCUUGCAACCAACUUAGAGGACGUAUUCCAGAAGGGUGGCAAUUCGAUACGUUUGAAAACAGCAGCUACGCUGGUAACUUUGGGCUGUGCGGACAUCCCUUGUCGAAAAAGUGUGAAUCUUAUGUUAAAACACAAGAAGAAGACGAAGAAGAUGAGGAUGAAUGUCACUUUUUCAGUGGUUUUACUUGGGAAGCGGUGGUGAUUGGAUAUGGGUGUGGAGUGGUGCCUGCAUUUAUUAUUGGGUACCUGAUGUUGCUGGCACAGAAACCAAAAUGGUUUGCUGGAAUCAUUGGCAGGGAAUUGGGCCUGAAGAUGAGGAGGAUGGAGAUUAGAAUGCGAUAACUAAAGACGUUUACAGAUUGGAGAGGCAUGAACAUUUUGGCAUGCAAGUUGAUGGGAAAAGCAGGAUUCAAAUGCAUUGGAAUCAACAACUGCGGUGUUGUAGGCAGCCAAGUUAAUAAACCACUACUUCAGCUGUUUUGCAUCUUCUGUGAUUUUAAAUUUUACAUUUUACAAUAUAAGUCAAAAGAUACAAGUUCAAUAUACAAGUUUUGUUUUGUUUA